AUGCUACGGUCUGUGACGAAUGACGCAAACAAAUACGCCAUCGUGUCUAUUGUCACGCUUGACCCAAUGACGCAGAAAGCAGGGCACACAUUGGUGCAUAGUAAAACGACGUCUAAAAAUUGUGGUAACAACAACGCGGGACGUAUCAUCCACGGGGCCGUCACUAGCCAAUAUGUUUUCGUAACCUCACCUAGCCACCCAAACUUGGCCACUUCCGGGCGCCGGCGACGUAACACCGCGGGGAGAGGGGAAGGGAGGGGCGAGGGAAGAGGGGGGGGGGGGGGGAGUCCCCGGGCCGACCCGAGUGCGUUCACCUCUGACAUAACGCGAUUCGGGCGACGCCCGGCCAAUGCUGAGGAGAUUGCGCUGCAACUUGGACCUUGCGUAAUCGACGCGCGUAGAAGGCAAAGACUUCAGUGGCAGCAGCCAAUAGAGAACGCACACACAAAGGCGUGUUGUGGUGCGGAUGAGGAGGCC